GCAAUGUGCCCCAUUGUACCACUGAUUAGGUGCUGCCAAUAUGAAACUGAGAGGAAAAAGAAAGAAUACUGUCAGAUUAGAAUAGGAAGGCCAAAUGGCCAGUCCCGUUUUGCCAAAUGGCGAAUCUCGUCGCGACGGCCGCCUCGGAGCACUUUGGACAGCCCACAAUCAACCACCCCAGCCCUUCCAAAGCAUCGCCGCUCUAUCUGCUAGCCUUGUUGUUGCAGUAUAUAAACAUGGCCGAUCACAGGAAGCGCGAGGUGUGGUGGUGAGUAGAGUACUCAUCCCUGCCCCCAAUUCCAAUUGCGUCCACCACUGCAAAACAAGAAGCAGAGCGCACGCCACCGAUCGCCAACCCAUUCUUGCGGCGGCGACCAUGGCUGCAAGAAUGGGCGUCGUGGAGUGGACGCGGGGACCGACGAUCGGCAGGGGCUCCUCCGCCACCGUGUCGCUCGCCGUCGAUCGCCUGACCGGCGAAUUGCUCGCUGUGAAGUCCGUGGGCGCCGACCGGGCCGCCGAGCUCCGCCGGGAGCAGAGCAUCCUCCGCAGCCUCAGCUCUCCCUACGUGGUUCGCUGCCUUGGCUCGGAAGUGUCCGCGUCCGACGACGGCAGCGGCGGGUACGAUAUGCUCAUGGAGUACGCGCCCGGCGGGUCGCUUGCCGACGAGAUCAGGCGGCACAGCGGGCGGUGCGACGAGACCCUGAUCCGGUCCCGCGCGCGCGACAUCCUGCUGGGGCUGGCGCACGCGCACUCCGCCGGGGUCGCGCACUGCGACGUCAAGGGCCGGAACGUGCUCAUCGGCGCCGACGGCCGCGCCAUGAUCGCCGACUUCGGGUGCGCGCGGCGGGUGGGCAGCGGCAUUGCGGGUGAGCGUGCGAUGGGCGGCGGUGGCACGCCGGCGUUCAUGGCGCCGGAGGCUGCGCGGGGCGAGACGCAAGGCCCGGCUGUGGACAUCUGGGCGCUGGGAUGCACGAUCAUCGAGAUGGCCACCGGCGCCGCGCCGUGGCAGCGGUUCGCCAGCACCGUGGCGACGCUGCACCACGUCGCGUUCUCGGGCGAGGCGCCGGAGCUCCCGCGGUGGCUGUCGGAGGAAGGCAAAGACUUCUUGGGCAGGUGUUUGCUCCAGGACGCCGGAAAGCGGUGGACGGCAGAGCAGCUGCUCAAGCACGAGUUCGUCGCCGCCGCCGCCGCCUCGUCGUACAGUUUCGUGCCGGUGAUCGCCGAGAAGGAGUUGUUCGUGUCCCCCAAGAGCGUCCUGGACCAGGCAUUGUGGGAGGAGGACGACGACGACACGACGGCGAACACAGCUACCGUCUGCCCCAUCGACAGAGUCCGCGCCCUGGCCGCCGGCGCGCCGGACUGGACCUGGGACGCGAGCUGGAUAACGGUACAUUCCUCCGGCCCCACCGUCCACGACGACGACGAGCCCGCAAUGUCGCCGGAGGCGGAUACCGACGGCGAUUCUCCCGUCGGCGGCAGCAGCUCCGCCGGGCGUGUGGCUGACGCUGGGGCCUCGAACAGCCAGGCCUCAUCACAUGCCGACGGCGAUCGUCACGAUGACACGAGCAGCUGUAAAUGUAAUGGGGAGCGGAGUGAUGAUGGUGAUCACGUGAUUAGCAGCGAAUGUACAGCCAUUCUUCCAAUCACAAGCAAUGGAUUCUUUUCGGAUAUGUUAUUGUUUGUCCCGGCUGGCUGCGCAAGUUUACCUUUUCCCCUGCUGUUAUUCGUCCUGUCAUUUAUAAAUUUUGAGAAGAUUGAAGUUAUGUUGAUACUGGAUGAUGAAAUUAAAGCUCAUUGCUUUGCUGGUCUGUUUUAA